AUGACUUCCUCAAACUCCUCCGCCGUCAGAUCGUCGGCGAAACACGCGGCGGAGCGUAUCCAGCAGCACUUGCCUCCCAGCAAUCCCGCUUCUCUCUCUUCCUCUUCCUUGAAUUUACCCGCUCGAACCUCUCUCAUCGCUCCCGGAGGAGCUCCGAUUAGCCACUCUUCUCGCCCUAAAGAUCGACCUUCCUCCUCAGCCUCCUCCGCCUCCGUCUCCGCCUCUUCUCCUUCUACCCGCCGCUCCGGCACUCCCGUCCGCCGAUCCCAGUCUAAAGACUUCGACGACGACAAUGAUCCUGGGAGGGUGAGAGUUUCUGUAAGAGUUCGACCUCGAAACGGAGAAGAGCUUAAAUCUGAUGCUGACUUUGCUGAUCUUGUUGAGUUACAACCUGAGAUAAAGCGGCUUAAGUUGAGGAAGAACAACUGGAACUCUGAGUCCUAUAAAUUUGACGAAGUUUUUACAGACACAGCUUCUCAGAAGCGUGUCUAUGAAGGAGUAGCAAAACCUGUAGUUGAGGGUGUUUUGAAUGGAUACAAUGGUACUAUUAUGGCUUACGGCCAAACUGGCACUGGUAAAACUUAUACGGUAGGAAAAAUCGGUAAAGAUGAUGCAGCCGAGCGUGGUAUUAUGGUUAGAGCUCUAGAGGAUAUACUUGUCAGCUCAACUUCUGCUUCUGUUUCCGUGGAGAUCUCUUAUUUGCAGCUUUACAUGGAAACUAUACAAGAUCUUCUUGCACCUGAGAAAAUCAACAUUUCAAUCAAUGAGGAUGCGAAGACUGGGGAAGUAUCAGUACCAGGCGCGACCGUGGUUAACGUUCAAGAUCUAGACCAUUUCUUGCAGGUUUUGCAAGUCGGUGAGACAAACCGUCAUGCAGCAAAUACAAAGAUGAAUACAGAAUCCUCACGUAGUCAUGCUAUUCUCACGGUUCACGUUAGGCGGGCUAUGAACGAAAAGACUGACCCGGGAACUAAACCUGAAGCCUUGGGAGAUAAAGGCAUUCCCAGAGUUAGAAAGAGCAAACUGCUAAUUGUGGAUCUUGCUGGUUCUGAAAGAAUUAAUAAAUCUGGCACUGAUGGCCACUUGAUUGAAGAGGCAAAAUUCAUUAAUCUUUCACUGACAUCCCUGGGAAAAUGCAUUAAUGCAUUGGCUGAAGGCAGUUCUCAUAUACCGACUAGAGACUCUAAGCUAACAAGGCUUCUUCGUGAUUCUUUUGGAGGUUCUGCGAGGACUUCACUUAUAAUAACCAUUGGGCCAUCUGCACGGUAUCAUGCAGAAACCACUAGCACAAUUAUGUUCGGACAAAGGGCAAUGAAAAUAGUAAACAUGGUAAAGCUUAAAGAAGAAUUCGAUUAUGAAAGUUUGUGUCGGAAGCUUGAGACUCAGGUGGACCAUCUUACUGCAGAAGUUGAAAGACAAAACAAACUAAGAAACAGUGAGAAACACGAGUUAGAGAAAAGGUUGAGAGAAUGUGAAAACUCUUUCGCUGAGGCAGAAAAGAACGCGGUUACAAGGUCCAAGUUCUUGGAGAAGGAAAAUGCUCGCUUGGAGCUCCGUAUGAAAGAGCUUUUGAAGGAUUUGCAGCUGCAGAAAGAUCAAUGUGAUCUAAUGCAUGACAAAGCCAUACAGUUAGAGAUGAACUUGAAAAACACCAAGCAACAGCUGGAAAAUUCAGCAUAUCAGGAAAAACUUGCAGAUGCUAGUCAAGCAUAUGAGAAGAAAAUUGCGGAUUUGGUUCGGCGGGUUGAGGAUGAACAAGCCCGGUCAACAAACGCCGAGCAACAGUUGAACGAAAUGAAAAAUGUUUUGAGUAAUCAGCAGAAGUCUAUUCAUGAACAAGAGAAAGGCAACUAUCAGUAUCAGAGGGAACUUGCGGAAACCACAUACACGUAUGAAUCUAAAAUCGCAGAGCUGCAGAAGAAAUUGGAAGAUGAACAUGCUCGGUCUGACGCUGCAGAAGAGCAACUUAGACAAAUGAAACGGAUUAUAAGCGAUCGUCAAGUUUUAUCACAGGAAAAUGAAGAAACAAACGAACUCAAGAAAAAAUUAGAAGAACUUUCACAAAUGUAUGAAUCAACAGUAGACGAACUCCAGACAGUGAAAUUAGACUAUGAUGAUCUUCUCCACCAAAAGGAACAACUUGGUGAAGAGGUUAGGGAUAUGAAGGAAAGGCUCCUUUUGGAAGAAAAGCAGAGAAAGCAAAUGGAAAGUGAGCUUUCCAAACUAAAGAAGAAUCUAAGGGAAAGUGAAAUCGUUGUUGAGGACAAGCGUAUGAAGGAAGAUCAUCCAAAAGGAUCGUCAGAAUCUGGAAAUCUAACAAGCUCACAGAGAUCACAAGGGUUAAAAAAGUCGCUUUCUGGUCAGAGAGCUACCAUGGCAAGACUUUGUGAAGAAGUUGGAGUUCAGAAGAUAUUACACCUAAUUAAGUCUGAAGACUUGGAAGUUCAAAUCCAAGCUGUAAAAGUGGUGGCUAAUCUUGCCGCUGAAGAAUCUAAUCAGGCGAAGAUUGUGGAGGAAGGAGGUGUAGAAGCUUUGCUUAUGCUUGUGCAGUCAUCUCAGAAUUCAACGAUUCUUAGAGUGGCUUCUGGUGCAAUCGCUAAUUUAGCAAUGAACGAGAAGAGUCAAGAUCUAAUAAUGAACAAAGGAGGUGCUCAACUGCUAGCAAAGAUGGUGACCAAAACAGAUGAUCCACAGACUCUGAGAAUGGUAGCUGGUGCACUUGCCAAUCUAUGCGGAAACGAGAAGUUUCUUAAGCUUCUGAAAGAAGAGGAAGGCAUCAAGGGACUACUCACGAUGGCCCAGUCCGGAAACAUAGAUAUCAUUGCUCAAGUGGCAAGAGGGAUGGCAAAUUUUGCAAAGUGUGAAACUCGAGAAAUUCUGCAAGGGCGUAGAAAAGGACGUUCUCUUCUUCUGGAAGAGGGUGUUCUUGAAUGGCUGACCUCAAACUCACAUAUUGAUUCUGCAUCAACACAACGUCACAUUGAGCUUGCGCUUUGCCAUUUAGCUCAAAAUGAGGAAAAUGCGAAUGAUUUCAAGAGAACGGGAAGCGUGACAGAGAUUGUAAGAAUAUCAGUGGAGUCGAGUAGAGAUGACAUACGGAGCUUAGCAAAGAAGAUACUCAAAUCAAAUCCUUACUUCUCAAGCUGA